UUCAAAUAGAAUGUACCUGAACCAUUCUUGUUUUGCAUUCACAUAUAUUUAAGCGUCUUACUACUACUUGUUAUAACUGAGUAAUCUGUAUCCUUUCAGCUUUAUUCAGGCUCAUACAUGUCCUUAUGUUGUUUUCACUUUUUGUUAACGUUUACCUGCACCAACAUGUCCUCUUAUACACUCCAUUCAACUCUAUAAUUCAAGUUGGAUUAUAUAUAUAUGUUGUUUGAACAGGCUCUCAUUAUAACAUCUUUGGCAUGAACACCAACUCAAACUUUUGACUUUUGAAACAACUGCAGUUAUAAAUAAAUGGAACUCUCUAUGCCCCUUUGCUAUUUCUAAUAUAAUCAACCUGUCCAUACCGAAAGUAAUUCUUGAAACAUAUGGACAAUUUGCUAGUCCUCUUUGUCUCUUUUCUUCUCUUUUCAUCUAUCUAUGCAAAAAAUGAAUGCCCUGAGGUUUCCAUUUGUGGAGAUAAUCCUUUUCAAAUACGAUUUCCUUUUGGAUUAGAAAGUCCACAAAAUCAGCUCUGUACAUAUAAUCCUGGUUUCAAUCUAAUAUGCAACAACGAAGGCAAAGCAAUUCUAAAUCUUCCAGGUGCAGGGUAUUUCCAUGUACGCGAUAUCAACUACCUCACACAACGAAUACAACUCUACGAUCCAUAUAAUUGCCUUCCGGAACGGCUUACUAAGUUUGAACUUCAUUCUUCUUCUGUCUUCAAGCCAGUUUACUAUCGAGACUAUAUUUUCUUAACUUGUUCGACAGAUACAAUCAACCCUUAUUUGAAUGUUAUUGGUUGCAUGAGUAAUUCUACUAUCUCAACUUUGGCUACUUCUUACUUGAGUUUUGCUUCAUCAACAAUAUUGAGUUCGUAUAACUGCAAAGUAACAAGCACUGCGUCUCUUCCUGUUUCGUGGACUCGUAAUGAAGAGGGAGCUUUCUCAAGUAAACUCAACGAUGAUCUCGUGUUAACAUGGCUUGAAACAGAUAGUUCAAAAGCUAAAAAAAUUUUCCGAAUAGUUGCACUAUCGUUAGUGAUACCUGCUCUCAUGUGUUCAUUGGUUUUGACAUGUUACAUCUGCUAUAAGCAAAGCCAAGAGGCGGCUGCUCUCCUGAACACCGGGAGAGCAGCCGUGGUGCCACGACCGGAAAUGAUUAUCGGUCUAGACGAUUCGACGAUCGAAUCGUACGCAAAAGUUGUUCUAGGAGAAAGUAGGAGAAUUCCAGGGCCAAAUCAUGGGAUUUGUCCAAUAUGUUUGGCAGAGUAUCAUCCAAAAGAGACAGUAAGAUGCAUACCUGAAUGUGAACAUUGUUUUCAUGCUGAUUGCAUUGAUGAAUGGUUAAAGAUUAAGGGUAUUUGUCCUGUUUGUAGAAGUAAUCCUUCCCCUAUUCAUCUUAAUUUUUCAUAACACAUUUCGAGUUUUGUCUGUAUAUUUAUUUUAUCUUUCAAAUUAUACUCUUGUUUCUUUUUGCUACAUAGGCCGGUUUGGACAUGAUUUCAAAUCAGGUAGAUUUUUAAGUUGUAAUAAGAUAUCAAAAUAAAUUAAUAAGUUUAAGUUUUUUUUUUAUAAGUAUUUUCUCUAUUUUAAUUUGUU